GCUCCUGUGCCGGUUGUAAAGCGCUCAGGAGUGACGCUGGGAGGAGUGGUCGGAGGGGGGACUGUCUACUCUCCGCGCGCCCCUUGCCCUGGCCCGUCCCAGCCCCAGCCCCUAUCUCUUUACAGGACCGCUGCACAGUCCGGAGUUAUUCCAGGAAUGCGAUGAAACAUGGCUGCCGCGAUGAAGGCGCAGAAGACGGGACUGCUGGAACUUCGCGUCACCGUGGACCGUUGGAUCCGCGUGCUGGCUACACUGACCGAGGACACGCUCACUGUUAACCCGGGGGAAAGUCCCGAGGAGCCCGCGAAGCCAAGCCCCAGCCCUAGCCCGGUCGGUGCCAUAAACGGAGAUCCACCGAACCUCAGCUCGUCCCCGGUGCCGGAAACCAUCACCAACGUAAAGCGCACGGUGCGAGUUACCAAACAAGAUGUUGGAGGACUCGGAAUCAGCAUUAAAGGUGGAAAGGAGAACAAGAUGCCAAUUCUCAUCUCAAAGAUUUUCAAAGGGCUGGCAGCGGACCAGACGGAGGCGCUUUAUGUGGGCGACGCCAUUUUGUCCGUCAAUGGGUUUGACUUACGAGAGGCCACGCACGACGAGGCUGUCCAGGCCUUGAAGAAAACGGGCAAAGAAGUCAUCCUUGAAGUCAAGUACAUCAAGGAGAUGUCGGCCUUCUUUAAGACAUCUGGCUCCCCCGGCUCUGCGCUCCCGUGGGACUCUCCCCCCUCCACACCACAGAGGGGCGCCCCUGAGCCCACCCCCGCUGAGCUGAGAGAACCCCGUAAUAUCCCACUCAAGAUGUGUCAAGUGUCGCGGAAACAGUGCCCCCCGGAUACAGAACACAGGUAUUUCGAAGUGGUUUCAUCCAACAGAAAGAACUCUCUGUUCCUGCGGGCAAAAGACCCAGCUAUGGCUCAGUCUUGGUACAAUGCCAUCCAGGCAGGAGCUGCCAGCCUGUUACCACGAGUCAAGGAGGAGAUGAGGAGCAUGCAGCCCCAUAUGGAGGUCAAACAUCUGGGCUGGAUAGCUGAGCAGAUGACCCAGGGCCCAGAGAAGCCGGUGCUGGCCGUUCUGACGGACAAAGACCUGCUGCUUUACUCCUCACUGCCCGAAAACAAGGAGAGCCUCAACAACCCCUCCAAGAGCUACCCCCUCAUCACAACCAGACUGGUGCAUUCGGGCCCCGGUAAAUCGUCUCCUCUUCUGGACUCAGAGUUGUCUUUUGGGGUGCGCUCGGGGACAAAGCAGGGUGUGGAGACUCAUUUGUUCAGAGUGGACUCGGCCAAAGAGCUGUCUCUGUGGACCCACCUGCUGGUAGAGGGCUGCCACUGCGCCGCGGAGCUCGUCAAGGAGGUUUCUACAGCGUGUAGCUGGAAUGGUAAGGAGUGCACUCUGGGUGUGCACAUAGACGAGGGCUUCACUCUGUACACUGAGGAGAUGGGAGUGAGGAAGAGUGUCCUGCUGCAGCAACCUUUUGAGCGCCUCAAGAUGUCCUCCGACGACGGGGUCCGCAUGAUAUUCCUCGACUUUGGAGGCCCUGAGAGUGAAAUACAACUGGACCUCCACUGUUGCCCCAAAACUCUAGUCUUCAUCAUCCACUCUUUCCUGUCUGCAAAGGUCAAACGACUAGGGCUGCUGGCAUGAUAAAGACAUAUAUAUGCAUACACAGCAAUAGGAAUAUCCAAUAAAACAACAUGCACAACCGGAAAAGCAGCCUAUCCAGCACCCUGGUCUUCUAAACGCACCAAGGAGGAACUAAUGAUGGACCUUUUGAUGAUUGUAAGUUUACUGGGGACAGAUUAUACCAACGCGCUCGAUUCUGACAGCCUGCAUCUUAAUAUUUUUUCAAAGUUGACACGUUUAUUGCAUUGUAGCACAUUUUUUGAUUUGUUUUGAGUCACAGCAAGCCUUUUGUCGCACGUCUUUUCAUUGUUUAAUCUGUCUGUUCGCGCUGUAAGCAUUGAUAAAAGGGUAUUUCACGCUGACUGAUGCUAGACAAACAUUUUUUUGUUUUGUUUUUUUCUUGUGUUCUUUGUAAAUGACGGCAGCUCGAGCAGAGUGACAGGAUGACACCACGACUGAAGGCUCUGUGUUCGCUGCUCUGUAUAAAUAAGUGUGCAGAUUAUCACUGUGCGAAACAAAGUAAUACACCACUCGGUACCGCGGCUGUAAGAAUGUAUUCACGGAACAUUUUUGAAGACUUUUCAGCAUUUUAAAGAUAGACGAUUUUGUUUUAAGUUGUUCAUCUUUCUGAAACCCACAGAGAGGACUGAAACAUGACCAGAAACUAAGAAAACAUGAGACAAAGCCAUGCUUGAACCAGGACUAAACUAGAACUAAACCAGGUUUUAACAGCCAACUAACUUGGAUUAAGCCAAUACAAGUAAUUCCCAAACCAGGCAGGACUUAAAUCACGAUUAAAUUCAGAAGAAACCAGGUCUUAAAAGGGCACAAUGUAACUUUUCAGGUUUAGUGUCUGACGUAUUCUUAUAGGAGAUGGUAUUGUAUUGCUUAAAAUGUUCUACAGUACAACAUUAAACAUAUGUAUCUCCAUGGAGACAAGCGGUUGGCCCUACUAAGUAAAGUUACAGGUCAAAUCUAUGUAGAGGCGACUCCAUUUAAAGUAAGAAUGUUUGUUUAUUUCAUCUAUAGGACGGAUUAUCAUAAAUGCAAGAUUGAGAUCGAGAUGCAUAGGUGACAGACUCCACUGGAAAAGUUGCAUAGUGUUUCUUUAUCCAGGACUAAGCUAAACUAAGUCGUAACCAGGAUUAUUGCACGACUACACUGCAACACAACCAGGACUAAAAUGGGUUGGAAAAUAACUGAAAUAACUGUGGUACUUACAAAAUUAUGGGUACGGCCCUGUGGGGAAUACAAGAACUGUACGAUAUAAAUCUGAUUUAAUUUGACUUUUCUUUUUUUUUUUUUUUUGGAUAUUGUUACACUAUAUUUUAAUAUGAAACAUGAAUCAGAAGCAGGAAUUUAUGUCAUUCUUCAUAACUUUUACACGUUUUUGUCACAUCCUGUUUGAGAUACAGAUGCCAUUGAAUUUGAAACGAGCUACUAAAGAAUCAGAUAUUUUUAAGAGCAUUUUAGUAGAUUUUUGUAUUUCGAAAAAAAUAAUUAUAGUUUCACAUGAGGAUUUUUUUUUUUUUUUUUUUGAAAUGUGACUUUUCAUCAUUUUGUUGGAGGAUUUCCAUUUCACACAGUUAAAAACAGCUAACCCAUAUUGUAAAACUAGACUGUUAAAUUGUGCUUUAGAACAACCACUUAAUUUGGUACAGUAUAUAUUUUUUUCUUGUAUGUGAAAGCCCUGUUUAUGUUUAUAUACAGGUCAAACUGUGCUUUGUUUUUGGAGAAUUAUUAGUUUAAAUUUUACCAAUAUUUUAGUACAAUUUAUUUGAAUAGUUUUUUUGAAUUAUUUAAUAGAUUUUAUCAGCUGUUACACUUUUUUGCCAUCAAUAUUUGUAUAAAUUGACAGAAACUAAACGCUGCCUUUUCUUUAGCCAACCCCUAAAAGACUGUAUUAAUAUAUAUUUCAAGACUAAACGUUGUUUUGUUUCCAGAAUAAGAUGUAUUGUAUAUUCUUAUUUAAAUAAAAGUGUGCCUUGCUGGGUUGUUUGUAUAUAAACAAAUAAUAAACUUUUCAUUACACAUUU